AUUUCUCGUCCAGGAUCACGAGCGAUUCAUUUCAGACGAAGAGCGUUUACCGAGCUGGCGUCCGUCAUGGGCCCCUUGUUAUGAUCUGAUGGAGGUGGAACUCUCGGCUUCCAGGUAAAUUGGAAGGCCAAUGGUGAAAUUUUGACUUGGCAGCUCCUGGGGAGAGCUUGAGGGACUGUCCUGGAUGUGGACCUGAUCUGAAGAGCCAAGUAGUCUACACUUAUGAUAAACUCAAGGGUUUCCUGUCUUAUAGAAAAUAGGCUUAACGAGUAAGAGCUAUAGUUCUGCAUACAUUCAUUCAUUUUGACCUUGAAUCCAUUCGUCUGUCUGUCGGGAGACUGCUGUAUAUCGCUGUCACUGAAGUGGCUGUCACAAGCCAUGCAUUUUGUCGCCAGCCAGAUGCGACUCUUUCUUUUGUUACCCUUGUUUUUUGACAUUUCCGUUGGUCACCGUCACUCUCAUUCUCGUUUUCACAUCCGAGAAAAGCAUAUCCAUGCGAGUGAUUCUGACUCAACUGUCUCCCUCGCUGCCGUUCCUAUCAACAACCAUAUCCUCCCGAGGGAACUUACUGCACUAUCUGAGUCCGGUCAAGUAUCCACUGCUGCAACAUCUGGUGACUACACUUGUGGUCCUGAGAAGCCGUGCGGUAAUGGAGCUUGUUGUGGUGAGAGUGGAUGGUGCGGAUACGAGCCAAAGUAUUGCGGCAAAGGUUGCCAGUCCAACUGCGACGCUAAGGCAGAAUGCGGCAAGUAUGCCUCUCCGACAGGCAAGAAGUGCCCUUUGAACGUCUGCUGUAGUGAAUACGGGUUCUGCGGAACUACUGAAGACUUCUGCAAAAAAGGCUGCCAGUCUGACUGCGAGCAACCCAAGCCAUCUGCUUCCAAGUCAAAUGUGCAGCAGAAGGUCAUCGCCUACUGGGAGGCCUGGAACGGGAACAAACCUUGCGGGCAUAUGUCUCCAGAGGAAAUCCCAGUCCACGAUAUCACCCAUCUAAUCUUCUCAUUUGGUUUCGUCACGCCUGGCGACUUUCGCAUCACUAAUAUGCCCGAUGUCAAGCCGAAUCUCUUCACGCAAGUUACAGACCUCAAGGACAAAAACCCCAACUUGAGCAUCAUGAUCGCGCUUGGUGGAUGGACUCACAAUGACCCAGGCAAGUACCAGAAAGUCUUCAGCGACAUGGUCUCUAGCCGAACCAAUCGACAGACAUUCAUAAAGAACCUGCUUGGCUUUCUAAGUCAAUAUGGGUUUGAUGGUGUUGACUUUGAUUGGGAGUAUCCCGGUGCCAAAGACCGCGGUGGGAAGGAUACCGACGGUAAGAACUUUACUCAAUUUCUUAAAGAGCUCCAGGCUGCUAUGCGCUCGGCCGGUCGACAUUAUCUGGUGACAUAUACUGCCCCGACCUCUUACUGGUACCUGAGACACUUUGACCUCAAGGCCAUGAACAACUACGUGGACUGGAUCAACCUCAUGUCUUAUGAUCUCCAUGGAAUUUGGGAUCGAGAUAAUCCCAUCGGCAAUCAAAUCCUCGGCCACACAAAUAUCACCGAGAUCGACCUUGCUCUCGAUCUAUUUUGGCGCAACGAUAUCCCCCCAGGGGAUAUUGUCCUUGGUAUCGGCUUGUACGGUCGGUCAUUCAAGUUGGAGAACCCUGCUUGUUGGAAGCCUGGGUGUCGCUUUAGUGAUCCGGGAGAUAAGGGCAGGUGCACAGAUACGGCAGGAUUUCUAUCAUAUAGAGAAAUCAUGGAUCUCAUCAGAGACAGUAAAGCCAAGCCUGUCUAUGACAGGGAUGCAAAGGUGAACUACAUGGUCUAUGGCCAGAAUAACUGGAUCUCAUACGAUGACGAGCGGACUUUCAACGACAAAAUUGAGUUUGCCAACAAACGAGGACUCAACGGGUUGAUGAUGUGGGCAAUUGACCUUGAUGACUCCAGGCGUUCCGCGCUGAAUGCAAUCACUGGACGAAAGAACUUCCUUGAGGGUAAUACGGCAUUUGGUGUUGGUCUCAGCACUAAGAAGUCUGAAGAAGCGGGAUACUCGUCAGAUGACUCAACCCAAUGUCGAGUCACGGGCUGUGGCGGCGCUUGCUCUGAGGGAGAGAGGACCGUCGGGCGUACAAACAGUCUUGACAAGAAGAAUGAAUGCGGUAGUAAACCUUCCAAUGCUCGGUCUAUUUGCUGCCCAUCGUGGGCCAGUAUUACCAGUGCUGAAUGCCACUGGGAUCGGGGGAGGGGAGGACUCUCCGGCGAUUGUGCUGGCAAGUGCAAUCCAGGCGAACUGAAGCUCUUUGCAGAUCAGAGAGGUUGGAAAGGUGAUAUUGAGACCGGCGGCUGGAACGGAAAGUAUUGCUCACGUGGAUCUCAAGUCUUCUGCUGUAGCAUCGGUAACAUGGAACAGUACAUGGACAUAUGCACCUGGACCAAGUGCGGCGGCACCUGUCCCAGCGACAAGCAACACGUGCUUACUGUAGACUCGGGAGGCCCUGCCGAUGAGAACGAGAGAUGCAGCGACGACUUUGUCAACGGUGCCUUUGAUGACGACGCCCAGGAUCCCAAUAAAGGUCAGAAGAGUCGCCGCAAGCUCUGUUGCCCUAAGAAGGAUUCAUUCUCCAACUGCAGCUGGAGGUCUGCCAAUGUUUGUUCGAGGCAAUGCGACAACGGUCAGAUCACUCUGGAUCUGGACCCUCAAGGCAUGGGAGGUGCAUUCUGUGGAAACGGACGGCAGAAAGCCUUCUGUUGCGAUGCUCCUGGCAAAAGCAAUCAGCCAUUCCUCCCUGUCAACCUAGACAAGCUCUUUCCACCAGAGCUACUACCGCCGCCAGAUUCGGUUCCGCAGUUCGAGCUCAUCACCUUCGGAAAGGGUUCGCGAAACAGCCAACCGAACAAGGCCGGCAUUGCUUUCUUCCUCCUUGCAGGCUCCGACACUGGCCUCGCCUCCAUGUCCAAGCGUGACAAUCCCAAUCUUAUCUUUCUCGACUGCCCCAAGGACAUUCACUCUCAGCCUGUCGGACAGGUACAGACUGCGCGAGUUAUUUGCCUCGGUCUCUUUGAGGAGUGCUUCGGUGUCGCAAAGGAUGGAGUCGAGGGAACAGUGGUCCACAUGCCAACCGAUUGUGGUGCUGGGUCAUAUGCUCGAGCUGUUGCUCUUGUUCCUUCGAAGAACCAGUCUAUCCCCAUUCAUCUGGCUCGCAGUAAUCCGUCUGCUGUGUACGACUUUUCAUUUGACUACGACAUGGAAUUGGUACGUCGUGAUGCCGGCGAAUUCUCGAUCCGGGUCGACUAUUCCAAUGUCAAGGGCUAUUGGAAUGAAGUGGUAGACCUGACGGGAAAAAGGAAGCGAGAUCUCAAGUCCCUUGUGGAUAGAUUCUACGCGGACAACUCGCAAGACUGGUUUACUCAGUUCGACAAGACAGACAUCGGAGAUUCCGAAGACCUCAACGACAACGAAAGAUCCGUUCUGAACCAGCUCAUUUACUUUGACUCCCAAAUGUGCGAUGUGGACAGUGGCAACAAGGAGGGUCAAGGCUUCUCCAUCACCCUCGAAGGGUCAGCCAACGCGAGGUUCUUUUACGGGUUCUCUAUGAUUGCAACCUGGACACCUGGAAGAAAGCUCAAGGUUCACCAAUCAGCCGGGUUCCUUCACGUUGAUGGUGAUACAAAGGCGGAGUUUACAGUGGCUGGCAUUGGAAAGUUGGACUCGUCUCAGAAAACUGACAAUGGUCCAGUCACAUAUAGCGAAGCUUCAGAGUCGCUAGGUGGCCAUGGUCUGUGGCAUGGCUGGGCCAACUUCAGGCCAUAUAAGCAAGAGAGUGUCGAGUUUAACACCAGAAACUCGCAGGGGACUGCAGUGUCUCUAAAUGGCUAUUUGAGUGCGAAAGUGGUAGCUUUAUGGGGUAGCCAAAAUGUCCAUUUCCCGGAGGGCAGAAAGUCUGUCAAAAUUUCCGAGCCCCUGGUUAGCAGCAAAAGCGCCUUGACGCCGCUGUCAAAGCCCGGCCCUGAAUCUGAGAUUACCGUCGCCGCCAUUACCAAGUUUGGCCUAGAUGUCGACCUUUCAUUCGGAAUGCCAUAUACUGCCGCUAUAGACGGUACUUUCCCUGACAUCUCUGUUUCACAAGAAGUCUCAGCCACGUUUGUAUGGAAGGAAGAAGACGGGCAGGUAUGUCUGGAUACCUAUGCCGGCCAGACACAGAAGGCCAAACUUAUUUCAGGGUCUUAUGUUGGCUGGGGCGAUGACUACGAGCACCUUUUCCUUCUGCAAGACACUCGCGUCGGAAGUCAGAGAUGUUUCGGAAAGUCUUCCCACAAGUCGCGGUCAUACAAGCUUGAUCCUCCCAAUGCAGGUCUCAUUGACGAUAAGAACGACGAAGAGGAACCCGAGUGCGACAAGGAAGAUGUGCUUUGCAUCCGCGCCAAGAAAAAAGCCAAGCGACAGAACAAUUCUACCCCGGAUAAUUAUGACUUCAGCGGCCAUGGUGUCAUCCGAAAGGCCAGUGAACUUUCCGACAAGUCUAUUGACGACUGGGUACGGAAGAAGCAACGAAUCUCAUGUGAGCCGUGCGGUUCUUGUAUUAUUACCGAGAAGGGUGAGAAGAAUAGCUGCUGCUCGUGCGUCUGGCUCCCACCGCCUCCCGACCCCGAUGAAGAUGAACAUCCUGAUCUCGGAAGCAUGCCGUUGCCCGGAGGCCCUCUCAUUCCUGGGGCUCCUGAGAAGCGGGCAGCUGGCUUAGGUGGCUCCAGUGAUGCAAACAAUCACGUCUUUAACCGUCAGGCCGCUCAGCCCGCCCCCCCUAGACUCACUCAGAAACGCAAGUGGGUCAAGUUUUGGACUAUACCGGGCGGCGUCAUACCUUUCGAGAUCGGAACGGAGAGAUAUCCCUCAUAUCCAGACUACUACCAAGACCCAGAGGGUAAAAAGAAUCUUCCGUUUGAUGGUAACUCCAAAUUUAGCGAUAUCUUGAUGUACUAUCACAACAGCACCUCAGUCUGCACUUCUUUCGAUGUCCAGAAAGCUCCAGGAUACGACGAGAUAUGGAAGUAUGAUAGGCAGGAUCCACAUGGUCCAUACAAGAAGGGAGUCUUAUACCACCAGCACUACGAUACUGAACACAUUCUCGAAGGCCAGACGAUCAGCCGCUUCUUCGCUACAUGGCUGCCGAGCCACAAGUACUCUAAUCGUUGGACAGAGAAAUGGGUUUUCACAGAGUACAGUCAGUGGGAGAACAAGCAGACCAAGAAGCAGAAUGCCUUCAUCCAUCUGGUAGUAGAUGAGCUAGGCUCGAGUAUUCACUAUGACCGUCUCGCCAUCUUCCUCAGCAACUCAAACCGUAUGAAAGGCGCACUCUUUAAAGGUAUCAGUACCACGACUACCGCCUCGUUCGCUCAGCUCGAAGCCGGAGCUGAGCAGCUAUUGCAUGUACGCGAGCUAGGCUUCGUUUUCGGCUACAUGGGCCGCGACGACGUAUGGGGCGCGUUCUGUGAUUCUUACAAUGGCAUCCUGGACUUGAUGGAGACUUUUGACACGUGGUAUCUCAAGGAAUCUAAGAGCACUAGCGACCUAGCUACACAAUGGGUUAGCUUCAUUAGGAGUGAGCUAGAUAUGGUUGCGAGGCAAGCUCAGGCAGACGUCAGGAGCAUGUACAGACAAAAGAAGCCGGCGGGUCAGAAGUACGAGGAUUUCUGGGAUGUUAUCAUGAAGGGCCCUACUGCUGAGAUGACAAAGGUCCAGCUGAACAAGAUUGGCAAAUGUAAGAAGCUGCCAGCCUCAACAGUUCCUGCCUGGAAAUUUCCUUAAAUAGCUAUUUUAUGUCUAGUAACUAUCUUAUGGGAAGUCACAUUAGACUGAUGAAUAUUUGGAGUCUAAUGUGACAAUCUAAUAGACACUGUCAUCUUAAAUCAUUCCUCAGAAGAGCCUUUGCGAACAAACAAGACAUAAACGGAACAAAUAUUGAUAUAGCAUUAUAUACAGCGACCUCACAGAGAAGUUCACAUCUCCCCAAAUGACUCUCUGGACUUUGAUGAAGUCGGUGGCCGUUCUAGAGAUUGCAUCUCCAUAUCAACGGUCACAUAAAUCUUUCGACUUGAAGAUGCAUCAUCCAACUGCUCCCACGGUCCUUCUGCCUUGGAACUGGUCAACAGACUCUUAUUUCGUCGCCCGGUGGAGGAGGCUGUUGCUUUGCCUGUGACUAUAGAUGUUGCCUGUCCUGUGAAGGGUCCAGUUUGCCCGAGGGACUGGUCAUGCGAAGAGUCGAAAUGAACCCAGUUCUUGAGAAGUCGUCGUAAAGAGGGGAGUGAGCCGGCUAUGAUACCCGCGCCUGACUCGAAGACGGACCAUAGCGUGAUGUUUCCGACGUUAUCUGUGCUCUUGAUCAGAUUUAAGAAUGAGUGCAUGUGAAAUGAUACUUACAGACAUAAUCUUGGGGAUGAGCAUAGUAUUUAAUAUACGGAAGCCGUAUGAUAGUGGCGAUUGAAGCGCUAUUCGAGGUCCGAAUCAGUAUCAACCAGGAAACAACACUUCUAAAAUCAACUCACAGGACACCCAAUCCAAGAAUAAUGCAGAUAGAAACCUUGGUAGCCGUCUUCAUCUGGGUCUUGUAGAGCAUAAAUCCCGGUAAGAUAGCACAAACCCAGUCUGUCGCAACGGCUGCAGCUGAGACUAGAUAACUAAGAC